UCCAAUCAGAGAGCAGCAGCUUCCUCUGGCGCUUUAAAAGUUCGUGACACGGGCGCGUUUACCGGUAUCGAGGAUGAGAGAAAGAGAUUUUGUGCUUUCCACCAAAACCAUCUGGACACACUACUGGUCAUCUACUUAUUAUUUAUUCCUGUUGAAAGGUUUCUUAUAGCCCCAAGAGGAAAAAAUGGCCUUUUCCACCAGUUCGAAGAUGAAUAAAGCUGUGAAGCAGCAGUACAUGGACCUGCCACAGGGAGAUAAAGUGCAGGCCAUGUACAUCUGGAUUGACGGGACCGGAGAGGGACUUCGUUGCAAGUCCAGGACUCUAGACUCGGAACCCAAGAGCAUUGAAGAACUCCCAGAGUGGAAUUUUGAUGGCUCCAGUACAUACCAGGCUGAGGGCUCGAACAGUGACAUGUACCUCAUACCAAAGGCCAUGUUUAGAGACCCAUUCAGGAAGGACCCCAACAAGCUGGUUCUUUGUGAGGUUCUCAAAUACAACAGGAAACCUGCAGAAACUAACCUUCGUCAUACAUGUGAAAAGAUUAUGAGUAUGGUGACAGACCAGCAUCCUUGGUUUGGAAUGGAGCAGGAAUACACUCUUCUUGGCAUGGAUGGUCAUCCUUUUGGCUGGCCCACCAAUGGUUACCCAGGACCACAAGGUCCUUAUUACUGUGGUGUGGGAGCAGAUAAGGCCUAUGGCAGAGACAUUGUCGAGGCCCAUUACAGAGCGUGUCUGUACGCCGGUGUUCUGAUUUGCGGCACCAAUGCAGAAGUCAUGCCUUCUCAGUGGGAAUUCCAAGUGGGUCCUUGUGAAGGCAUAGACAUGGGAGACCACCUGUGGUUAUCUCGUUUUAUCCUGCACAGGGUGUGUGAAGACUUUGGAGUUGUGGUCUCCUUUGACCCCAAACCCAUGACUGGCAACUGGAAUGGUGCUGGCUGCCAUACCAACUUCAGCACCAAGAACAUGCGAGAGGAUGGAGGCCUCAGCCAUAUUGAGGAGGCUAUUGAGCGGCUGGGCAAGAGGCAUCAGUACCACAUUCGUGUCUAUGACCCUAAAGGGGGGCGUGACAACGCCAGACGUCUGACUGGUCGGCAUGAAACCUCAAGCAUCAACGAUUUCUCAGCUGGUGUGGCAAACCGUGGGGCCAGUAUUCGAAUCCCACGAGCCGUGGGCCAGGAGAAGCGAGGCUAUUUUGAGGAUCGCCGUCCCGCUGCUAACUGCGACCCAUAUGCUGUGACGGAAGCGAUCAUUCGCACAUGUCUACUUAAUGAGGAAGGGGAAGAGCCCAAAGAGUACAAAUGAACUGUAAAGAACUCCAAUGUGCCUUCUUUUAUAUAAGUAAUUUGGGGUAACACUAUAUAUAUAUAUAUAUAUAUAUAUAUAUAUAUAUAUAUAUAUAUAUAUAUAUAUAUAUAUAUAUAUAUAUAUAUAUAUAUAUAUAUAUAUAUAUAUAUAUAUAUAUAUAUAUAUAUAUAUAUAUAUAUAAUAUAUAAAAUAUUUUUUUCUGUACACUAUGGUUUUACUGGAUCCUUGUACAUUGUUGACUGGUCAAUGUGCUACAAGAGCCUAGGUGGAGCUGACUGAAGAAAGGUACUAGCUGUCUCUCUUCCUCACUGUUUUAAAAAAAAAUUAUAACUCUGGUUUUGGUUCAGCCUCAACACAUCACUGCCAAAUUGUUGUAACAGACCUUAUUCUGGAUGCUGGUUGUCUGAUGUAUGAAAGAUUCCUGUUCGCAUAAUAUGAAGUUAGUUUUCCCUGUCACCCUCUGUUUUUGAGCAUUAACAUGGGACUACCCAAAUGAUUUUAUAUUCCUUUUAUAAUCAUGUUUUGUUCUUAUCCAGUUUAGGGUACAGAUGACUGAUUUCAUUUUUUAUGGGUCAAAAAGCAAAUGUACAUCUUUUUAAUGACUUCGGUGUUAUUCUUAGUGUAUAAUUUUGUAACAGAUUUUAACUAUUACAGGUACAUUAAAACGUAGUAUUUUCUGA